AGCAGUGUGGAGGCUCCUGUGGCUACGUUCACUCCUCCGGAGCACCAGGAGGCGCUGUUGUACUAACAAGAUGGGUGCCUGCCUGGCAUGCCGCCAUUGCAGCAAAGAAAGACAAACACUAGCGUUUAGAAUUGGAUUAUUCCUCGGCUGAGACCUACUAAACUGUCAAGUUUGGGAGACAAGGAGACAAGAGAAGAGGUGGUCUUUUCUUUGCCAUGGCGGACAUCAAGAACUUCCUGUAUGCUUGGUGCGGGAAGAAAAAGUUGACCCCAAACUACGACAUCCGAGCUGCAGGCAACAAAAACAGAUUCCUGUGUGAGGUGCGAGUGGAUGGCUUCAACUACACCGGCAUGGGUAACUCCACCAACAAGAAGGACGCUCAGACUAACGCUGCUCGAGACUUUGUCAACUUCUUGGUUCGAGUUGGGGAAAUGAAUGCGGCUGAGGUGCCGGCUGUGGGCCAGGUGGGUGUGGUUGAUCAUGUGGGUGUUCGCGAGCAGACUGAAGGGGGAGCCAAUGUCCCAUUUGGAAAUCUGCCAUGCGGUGGUCCUCUGCCUCCUCACCUGGUGGUCAAGGCGGAGCAAGAAGAGUCCAAUGCUGGUGUGGUUCCAGGCGUGACUGAACAGGUCUGCCUUGGAGGAGGUGCUCAGUGGGAGCGAGGUGCCAACUUGAAGGAAUACUACGCCAAGCGAGACGAACAGGAAGCUCAGGCGACUCUGGAGUCAGAGGAGGUGGACCUGAACGCAAGUCUCCAUGGUAACUGGACACUGGAGAACGCCAAGGCCCGUCUGAACCAGUUUUUCCAGAAGGAGAAAACCAGCGCCGAGUAUAAAUAUAGCCAAGUUGGGCCGGACCACAACAGGAGCUUCAUCGCUGAGAUGCAGCUGUUCGUCAGACAUCUGGGCCGACAUGUGACUGCUCGAGAGCAUGGCUCCAACAAGAAGCUAGCGGCCCAGUCAUGCGCCCUGUCUCUGGUUCGCCAGCUGUACCACCUGGGAGUCAUUGAGGCUUUCUCUGGAAUCACCAAGAAGAAGGAAGGAGAAACUCUGGAUGUGUUUGACGUGUUCGUGUCUCCAGAACUUCAGCAGCAGCUUAGCGGGGUCGUCCAAGAGCUCGGAGUCCAGAUACCCCCACCUCCUGCAGACCCCAGUGGCACCGUGUCUUUGGUUCAAAUGAAGAUGGGGACAUUCGAGCCCUCUCAGCGGCAGAGCGGCGCCGGUGUGGUGCCGUGGUCGCCACCACAGGUCAACUGGAACCCGUGGACAAGCAGCAACAUCGACGAUGGGCCACUGGCCUUUUGCACUCCGGAGCAGAUCAGCAAAGACCUACAUGAAGAGCUGAUGCAUCAGCUGCAACAUGAUGACAACCUGCAGAAGAUGCUGAUGGAUCGCAACCAGCUGCCCGUCAAACAGUUUGAGGAUGAGAUCAUGGCAGCGGUGGACAGGAACCCGGUGGUGAUCAUCAGAGGAGCAACUGGCUGUGGGAAGACCACGCAGGUCCCUCAGUACAUCCUUGAUCGCUUCAUCAAGGCGGGCCGAGCGUCCGACUGCAACAUUGUGGUCACACAGCCCAGACGCAUCAGCGCCGUGUCUGUGGCCGAGCGCGUGGCCAUGGAGAGAGGGGAAGAUUUGGGGAAGAGCUGUGGCUACAGCGUCCGCUUCGAGUCCAUCCUCCCUCGGCCUCACGGCAGCAUCCUCUUCUGCACCAUCGGUGUGCUCCUACGAAAAUUGGAAGCGGGAAUCCGAGGCAUCAGUCACGUUAUUGUGGACGAGAUCCAUGAAAGAGACAUCAACACAGACUUCCUGAUGGUCGUCCUCAGAGACGUAGUUCAGGCUUUCCCAGACGUCCGCAUCAUCCUCAUGUCAGCCACCAUCGACACCAGCAUGUUCCGAGACUACUUCUUCAACUGUCCCAUCAUUGAGGUUUUUGGACGCACCUUCUCCGUCCAAGAGUAUUUCCUGGAGGAUUGCAUCCAGAUGACAAACUUCAUGCCCCCACCACCUGACCGCAAGAGGAAAGACAAAGACGAGGAGGGAGGAGGGGAGGACGAUACCAACUGUAACUUGAUGUGUGGGCCCGACUAUUCGGAGGAGACCAAGCGUUCCAUGGCGCUGAUGAACGAGAAGGAGAUGUCCUUUGAGCUGGUCGAAGCUCUUCUCAAGUACAUCGAGACUCUGCAGGUGUCCGGAGCCGUGCUCAUCUUCCUUCCGGGGUGGAACCUCAUCUACGCCAUGCAGCGCCACCUGGAGUGCAAUCCCCACUUUGGAAGUAGCCGGUACCGGAUUCUCCCAUUACACUCCCAGAUACCACGAGAAGAACAGAGGCUGGUGUUUGAACCCGUCCCAGACAACAUGCACAAGGUGAUCUUGUCCACCAACAUCGCAGAGACCAGCAUCACAAUCAAUGAUGUGGUCUAUGUCAUCGACUCCUGCAAACAGAAGGUGAAGUUGUUCACAUCGCACAACAACAUGACCAACUAUGCCACCGUGUGGGCCUCCAAGACCAACCUGGAGCAGAGAAAAGGCCGCGCAGGCCGAGUUCGACCCGGAUUCUGCUUCCACCUCUGCAGUCGCGGACGAUUUGACCGACUGGAGACUCACAUGACUCCUGAGAUUUUUCGGACACCACUGCAUGAAGUCGCUCUGAGUAUCAAGCUGCUGAGGCUUGGAGCCAUCGGACACUUUCUAUCUAAAGCCAUCGAACCACCGCCACUGGAUGCGGUCAUUGAGGCUGAACACACUCUUAGAGAACUGGACGCACUGGACUCGAAUGAUGAGCUGACUCCACUGGGUCGAAUCCUAGCCCGGCUGCCCAUCGAGCCUCGUCUGGGGAAGAUGAUAAUCAUGGGCUGCAUUUUUCAUGUUGGAGACGCCAUGUGCACCAUCGCUGCCGCUUCUUGCUUCCCGGAACCCUUCAUCAACGAGGGCAAACGUUUGGGCUUUGUCCACAGGAACUUUGCAGGCAGCCGCUUCUCAGACCAUGUGGCGCUGUUGUCAGUCUUCCAGGCGUGGGACGACGUCAGAAUAAAUGGCGAGGAAGCUGAGAGUCAGUUCUGUGAACACAAACGUCUCAACAUGGCCACCCUGAGGAUGACCUGGGAAGCCAAAGUCCAGCUAAAGGAGAUUCUGGUCAACUCUGAAUUUCCUGAAGACACUUUGAUGACCCAGAUGUUCAACACAGUGGGACCGGACAACAAUUUGGAUGUGGUGGUGUCCUUACUGACGUACGGCUCCUAUCCCAACGUAUGCUUCCACAAGGAGAAGAGGAAGAUCCUGACAACGGAGGGCCGCAACGCCCUCAUCCACAAAUCAUCCGUCAAUUGCCCCUUCAGUAACCACGACUUGGCCUACCCUUCGCCAUUCUUCGUCUUCAGCGAGAAGAUUCGGACACGAGCCAUCUCGGCCAAAGGGAUGACGCUCGUCAGUCCGCUGCAGCUUUUGCUCUUUGCCAGCAAGAAGGUCACCUCUGACGGCGACGUGGUCGAGCUGGACGACUGGAUCAAGCUGCGGGUCUCUCAUGAGGCAGCAGGCAAUGUCCUAGCUCUCAGGGCAGCACUGGAGGCUCUGGUGGUGGAAGUGACCAAAGAUCCCAACUACAUCUCUCAGCUGGAUCAGACCAACCAACGACUCCUCAACCUCAUCCGACACGUUUCCAAACCAUCCGCCGCCGGAAUAAACUUGGCGGCCGGCAACCAGAGGAUGGGUGAUGGUCCCCGACCGCCCAAAAUGGGCCGCUUCGACGGAGGAGGCGGAAGAGGUUUCCAGGGAGGAGGCGGAAGAGGUUUCCAGGGAGGAGGCGGCUACAGAGGGGGUGGUGGCUACCGGGGGGGAGGCGGUGGCUACGGAGGCGGGGGUUAUCGAGGCGGGCGAGGAGGAUACGGGGGAGGCGGAUAUGGAGGGGGCGGACGAGGCGGAUAUGGAGGUGGUGGACAAGGCGGAUAUGGAGGGGGCGGAUAUGGAGGGGGCGGACGAGGCGGAUAUGGAGGGGCUGGGUACAGAGCAGGUCGGGGCGGGGCCCGAGGAGGCUACAGAGGUUAUUAAGACAACAAAUGCUUGGUUUCUGAUUAAUAAAAGUUCAACUUUGAACUACUUUAUUUAUUCAACAACAUGCACAAAUACUUUUAAAACCACACUUGUCUAGACAUGGUCAGCCAAUCAGAGACCGGCCCAGCAUCACUCAUCCUCCCUCCUUUUUCUCACUUCAGUCAGCCCCUCUCUAAUGCGCUCCAUGGCCUCCUGAUCUCCAGCUUGCUGGGCCAGACUCAAAGCCUCCCCAUACAAUCGGAUGGCCUCGUCCAACUGACCUGAGGACAUAAAGUUAGCCAUCAACACCCACAAGAACCCCAACAGAUCAGCGAGUGACCACGGACCCCCUGACCUGUGUGCAGUAGGAUGCCAGCCAUGUUCCCCAGGAGGACAUGUAACUCUGGGUGUGCCGAGGAGCGACCCAGAUCUACUGCCUGCCGGAUCAAUGUCAGGGCAUUGUCAUGGUGACCCUGCAUAUCCAAGAUGGUGGCCAGGUCACUCAUCAGGACCAGAGUCUGGCAAGGACACAGAUUGUGAGAGAGUCUGGCCAACGUGCUCGCAGCUUUGUUGGACUCACCUGGGGGUGGGAUUCCCCCUGCUCCUGGCAGCAGAUGCUCAGAGCCUUCUCGUAGUCAGCGGCGGCCUGCUUCAGGUGUAGCGUGGCCACUCUGUACCGAGCAUGAGAGUCCAAACACAGACCAAGCAGCAGGCGAGUGUCCUUCCUCAGAGCCUCCAGCUCGUCUGGACACAUUAAGGUUAAUUGCGGUCAUUAACAGUAUUUUAUUGCACAUUUCACACCUCUCACCUGUCCAUUGAUCUUUUAGCGUCUCUUGGAGCUGUUGCACUUUGACCUCCAGAGUUUCUAAACAGAACCUGAAACCAUGCUCAGCAAGCUCCACCCUCACACACACACACACACACACACACACACAGUAAGACAGUGACCUGAGCUUUGUGAACAACGCAAGGUCUUACUUGUUCUGUUCCGCAUAUAUGGUGGCGAGUUUGAGGGACAUCUCAAUGAAGGCGUUGUCAUCCUGAAAAAGGUAAGCUGGUGUGCGUGUGCUCUCGUGCGAUGGAAGUACGGCAAGGGGUGAUGGCACUGACCUGCUGCAUCCCGCCUGCCAGCAUGAAGCUCAUGGCCGCCUUGAAAAGUUUCUCAGCCUUUGAACACCAAGAGUCAGGAUGCCACCAUCAUGUGAACGUAACAGCACUGCCACGUGGCGAAUGAUACUCACGUGGUCCAGCUGACCUUGGAUGUAAGCUAGGUUGGCCAUCUGAGUAAACAAUGACAGGUCAAACGUUGCAGAUAGCUGACGACGUGCGAGACUACCUGGCUGUAUGCAUACACCACAGCCUGAUGGUUGUGCGUCUGGUGAGCCAGCGCGACGGCGGCAUGCAGAAAAGCAGACGCAGCCUCCAGCUGACCCCGUAGGAUGCUGAGCUGCAGGUGUGUUCACAUGACAACUGUAGGUCGCGUGACACGGUAUGUCAAAGUGACAAUGUGGUCGUGCAGUACCUUGGCUUUCUUCAGCAGUAGAAUCAUCUCGUCUUCUUUCACCUGAGCAUCUUCACUCGAACUCAAGAAUGACAACGCUGAGCAGCAGGUCUGCCCGUUAAAUAAGUAAAAUUGUCGAUGGUGGCACGUUUAACGUCACGUACCUGCCAUUGCGCACAUGGCUCCUCCUCUCCAAGCAACCUUCGCCCAACCUCCCGGGUGCUUUGCUGCCGAAGGCGUAGCAGCACUGCUCAUCUGAAGCUCCAUCCAUCCAUUUUCUAUGCCGCGUCUCCUCAUUACUGUUGCGGGGGUAUGCUGGAGCCUAUCCCAGCUGACUUUGGGCAACAGGCGGGGUACACCCUGGACUGGUCGCCAGCCAAUCGCAGUCAUCUGAAGCUCAAUUACCCUAAAGAUCAACGUGACGUCAUUUGGGCAACGACGAAUUACAUUCGCGUAUUUGACGAUGCAUUUUCAAUCAAGUCUCACCUGUGCAGUCGAGUGAAGGUCACAGAAGACAAAAACCUACUGACAUGUAGGAAGCCACGGUGUACCCAUGACGCCGCCAUAUUUAAUAAUGGUGACGUAUCGACGGAAGUGACGUCAAUUUUGCACCUGACCGUGCCUGGAUUCCAAUGUACUGUACUCACGUGAGCAGUUUUUCCCUCCCCUUUCCCUAGCAAUGUUAGAAUAUGUUUAAAUAUGUAAAUAUAAAGACUGUGAUUAAUUAUAUCUGAUAAAGCAUGACGUCAACCGAAAUGUCAUACCUCCUUCACUUCUCUACCACAAAUAUUAAAGAAGUUACAGCAGAUUUUAUACCGGAAAAUAGUGCCUUUGGUUCCCAUUGCUUUAACAUUGAGUCAAGACAAAAACUGUGAUCGACCCACGGACCUUGGCAAGUACAAUAGUACUUGCAAAAUAUAUAACAACUUAGGCUGUGAAAAUCUGUUUUAAAAGUCGUUAGCCAUUUACGUUUUUUGAUCAAAAAAAGAAUAAAUCAAUUGUCAUAUUUUCCAUGUAUAUGCCUCACGCUGCCGUGCAGCAGCACGCUGUUCGUUUUCACCCCACACUAACCACAAGAAAUACCUAGCUAUCAUCAAUGACAGGAAUGUAGAAAAUCCACCAUCCACUCCAUAUUUGAGAAAAUCAAUGUUUUUUUAGCACGAUUUUAUCAUGAAAUUUAGCAUCGAAUUAUCCAUACUGUAUUUGCCUUUAUAUUUACAAUCAAGGCAUCUAUAUUGAAAAUAGGACAGUGCAAAGGCGACAUGUAGUAAUUCCGGAUAAAAAAAACAUUUCACAACAUCAGAUUUUAAUUAAAUUUCAUCUGCAGAUAGAUAUUAAAGUGAAUUAAUAUCCUAUAUACCUUGUAUCUUGUCCUGAAGCUCCGAUUCACGAGUUUGAAAGGCUUAACGUUGAUAGAUAUUAAAGUGAAUUAAUAUCCUAUAUACUGAAGUGGUAGAUUAUUUUUAUUGUGCCUAGUUCACAUGUAGUUGCAUUAUUUAGUUGACUUGCAUUGCUAAUGGAGGUGUAUGAAUGUUGUAUCACCUGCUUCUUCUUCCUUUUGUACUGUUAAUUUGUAUCUGCAUUGAGACGUAGUGGUCGCCUUGCAGGUACACCAUCCCCCCUGUUGUGCAUGUCUGUUCUGGUAUCGUCACUGGCUUCUUCUUCCUUUUGUAUUGUUAAUUUGUAUCUGCAUUGAGAUGUAGUGGUCGCCUUGCAGGUACACCAUCCCCCCUUUUGUGUAGGUCUGUUCUGUUGUCUUAUCAAAGUAGGAAGUGCUCGGGGCUUUCGAAUCCAGGCGCCACAUUGACGCUGCAGACACGGAGAUAAAUCAGCAUGAAAGGAGGCGAUGGCAGGAGCUGAUUGGUCUACGUCACGGUCGAUGUCACCAACCCCCUCCAAGAUUGGUCGCCGACUUCCUGCAAGAGCUGAUUGGUCGACGUCAACAGCCCCCUGCACGAGCUGAUUGGUCCACGAUCGCCAGACUUCCUGCAUCCCACACAAUCUCAAAAUGUAUAGAAUGCCGGGCAGGGAAAGAAAGGGUGCUUAUUCCAGCUGCGCUGUUGUAAGACCCGCUUAGUAGUAGGCAUACAGGGACUGUUAUAGGCCCGGACGUCUGUAGUAGAUCUUUUUGUCAGGAAUAAAUCUCACCGGUUCAUA